AUGGCAUCGCCGUUUGUGCCUGUCCCUGUGCCUUUGGACAGAGCCUCGUCAGGUGGCAACAGGAAGGCGAGGCGGACACAGCGAGCGUCUUCACUGGGGAGUGUCUCGUCCACACUGACCACGUCCACCAAUGGGAGUUCCCCUCGCCUGUCCAAUGGCGUGGACCGAGGCCGCCAAAGCCUGACGCCGCCGCCUCUCCGUAGCCCCGUCUCGCAGACCGGGGUGAACGGAACUCUCGAGUCCUUUGGCUGUCCAGGUUGCCCUCGCUCCGUGUCAGACCCUGUAUGGAGCCAGCAGGGAGGAGAGCAGAGGCCCAUCACUCCCACCGUGCUUGGGUAUGAGGUCAUGGAGGAGAGGGCAAAGUUCACGGUCUAUAAGGUCCUGGUAAGGAAAACACCGGAAGAAAGCUGGGUAGUUUUCAGAAGGUACACUGAUUUCUCCAGACUCAACGACAAGUUGAAGGAGAUGUUCCCAGGAUUCCGACUUUCAUUGCCUCCAAAGCGCUGGUUCAAAGACAACUACAACGACAACUUCCUGGAAGAUAGACAGUUGGGACUGCAGACCUUUUUGCAAAACCUGGUUGCACACAAAGACAUUGCCAACUGGCAGUCAGGGAGUUUUUAUGUCUGGAUGAGCCACCAGGCCCCUUCGACAGUUUGGAGGAAAGCAGGGCUUUCUGCGAGACUCUGGAAGAAAGCAACUACCGUCUACAGAAAGAACUUGUGGAGAAGCAAAAAGAGAUCGCCUCACUCAAGCGGAGUCUUGUGGAGAAAGAGCAAGCCAUUCUGCUUCUGGAGAAACACAUCAAUGGUGAGGGUGUGGACUCACGGUCUUGUGCUCAGGGCAAAGACGUGGAGUCACCUGCUGCAAAAGGUGAUCAGGACGUCCCCAACAACAGCGGCGAGACACAUGAGGUCCACUUGGCAAGAACCUCUGCCUGUUGGUGUGGACCUCCACCCAGCGCCUCUCCCCCCGUCAUCCAUGUCACCCAGCUGACGGAUCAUUGAAACCACCACAGGUCUUCUGCUCCCGUUCUAUUCCAGCCUCAACCAUAAGCAGAUUUCCUUUCCCUGCCUGGAUCUGUCCUGCUCCUCCCUUCACCUUCCUCCUACGUUCUGCUGUUGGUAACACGUUUCUUUCUAGGCUGUCAAAGUAGUGUUAUGAAAACGGUUCUGCCACAGACGGUUCCACUUAUUCCUCUAUGGUGUCCAUAUGGCUCACAGGAUAUUAGAUGUUAUCUACUGCGGAGAUCUUUUUGCAGAUCUGGAAUCACUGAACACAAGACACGACCUAAACUCUUUCUCUUGGAAAGACUGACUUUGGCUUCUUGCCUAAAAAGUGACACUACUGUCAGUUUAUAGAAUCAUCCCAAGAUAGUCCUUCUGUCAAAGUGUGUAGAUGACAACAUCAGAAGGUCCUUCUGUCAAAG